AACACUGCGGGGCAGGAAUUGACGGGAACCGAGGCGGAGAAAUUCAACCAUUUUCAGACUCGCUGUGCAGACGUAUAAACGAAAGAUGUUAUGGUAGUCUAGACACACUGGAGUGAAAAAGCACAAUGUUUGAACACAGGACUAUUGCUGCUGACGAUGAGUACCCAGCAGGAAUCUUCUAUUGCAUCUUUGCCAGGCUGGGAAAUCUUGAUCUACUGGAUCCUAUCCGUUGGGUCUCAUUUGUACUCGUUCUAUCAUCUGCACAGAUUCUCAAAAGAAUAUGAAGCGGGCCUGGAUAGGGAAUUUGAAUUACAGGAAGGAUUUCUCAUUCCAGGAUUUAAAAAGGACCCCACUGACUUUGAGUGGAGUUUCUGGAAUGAAUGCGGCAGAAAGAGUUUACUCUGGAGUUUUCUGGGCCAUGCAGUUGUAUCAAGACUGGCAAGCUUCUUCAUACCUCAGGGUCGAGUGGGGGUGCUGACGGGGUACAGUCUGCUGGUGGCCUGGGCGGUGCUGGGCUCCAGGGGUUUGGGCCUGGUCCUCCUGCACACCUGCCUGUACUUCGGGGUGGCUCACCUGCGUAGGCCCGCCCUCACCUGGACCUGGACACUGACGCUGCUGGCUUCACAGUACCUGAGCCCAGUCGAGAAGCUGCAGAGAAGCUGGUAUGAGACUGAAUCAGAGUAUUACCUGCUGUACUUCUGCGUGGCGUUUUGCUGUCUGCGCUCCAUCAGCUUCAGCCUGGAGCAUGCCUGGCGCCCUCUAGAGGUGGGAGGCCUCACUCGCUUUUGCUGGCUGACUGCCUACACCUUCUACCACCCUCUCUUCUACACUGGUCCCAUCAUCAGCUUCCGGGACUUCACCCAACAGAUGCAGGAUGCCGCUGGGAGCAUUCCCAGGCUGGACGUCCCCUCCCUGAUGGUUAGCAUCGCCCGUAUCUGCUGCUGGUGGCUCCUGGCCGAAAUCAUGAUCCACCUCAUGUACAUACACAGCAUUACCGGCCACGAGACAUACCUGCACUUCCUGCCUCCCUGGGCCCUGGGUGGGCUGGCCCUGGCUCUGGUGCAGUUCUUCUAUGUGAAGUAUCUGGUUCUGUUCGGCCUGCCCUCUCUCCUGGCCCGGCUGGACGGGCUGAGCCCACCCCGGCUGCCCCGCUGCGUCAGCAUCAUGUACAGCUUCACUGGGAUGUGGAGGCACUUUGAUGUGGGACUGUACCAUUGGCUAGUGAGGUACAUCUACAUCCCCGCGGGAGGCUCCCACCACGGGACCCUGCGCAAGAUGCUGUCCAUGGCCCUCACGUUCAGCUUCAUCUCUUACUGGCAUGGCGGCCAUGACUACCUGAGGAACUGGGCCCUGAUGAACUGGCUGGGGGUGAUGGUGGAGAACGGGCUGAAGGCGUUGCUUUGCUCACCUCGCGUAUACCCGGCCAUCGAGCGUUGCCUCUCCCCGUCCAUGAGGAGGCGCUGUCAGGCUUUUCUGUCAGCCUUCUCCACCGCCAUGCUCAUCCUCUCCAACAUGGUGUUCCUGGGGGGAAAUCACCUCGGGAGAAUCUUCUGGAAGAGAGUUUUCAUCCAAGGUUUGUCCACUUUCGCCGUGCCAACGCUGGUCUUCCUGUACAGCUUUGCUCAGAUCGGCUUGGAGCAGGACAGGAAAGAGCAGCUGUCAGCAUCCCAGAGGUCCUCAUAGACCCACAUCCUGAGAUCUGCGCUCCAAAGAACCACCAAUACCCACAUCGUGAAAUCUGCGUCCCAAAGUCCUGGAUAGACCCACAUCCAGAUCUAUCCAGCACACCUGCAGCUGAUCCAGCACACCAGGUGACAGGGCAAUGACACCCGCGCAACCUUAGGACAUGUGAUGUCAUGAGUCCCAUCUGUAUGUGAACGGCGGAAAAGAUGCAAGACGUUUCUGAAGCGCGCGUUACGCUUGUGUCUCUCACUGUUUGGAAGGUGUCCAAAGUGCGCGAAGUGGAGUUAUGGGGUCGACUCCAUUUCAGUUUGGUCGCUCGAGGAAGUCAAUGGAUCUGAUCAAGUUUACUGAAAAACUCCAUUAUGUUCUUUCAGGAUGUUCUUUGGAAUUAAUUUUAUUUAAAUUAAUUUCCCACAAGGGACUAAAUUGGAUUACUGUCGAUCUCUGCACUGGAAUACUUCUGUGUGUGAAUCUGAGCUUUCAGUAAAAGGCCUUCUGCCCUGGCCUUCCCUUGUGUUGAGAUGUCUUGCAGGAAUGUUCCAUCUUAUAUGUUAGGGCCAGUGUGGGUGCAGGUUAUUGUUUCACAUUAGUACUACCACUCCCAAUUCUACUUAUCAAGGCCUUGAUAGAAGACCGUCAUUAGUUAAAUAGUUAAAUCGGGUGUUGUAGUGCUUGGCGAAGACAAAAAUCUGCACCCACAUCAGCCCUUUUCUGAAGGAUUCCUGGACCAAUGACUCUUCCUCUGGUUGAUAACACUGAAAGUAUAUCCCUUUAGUACGCUAUCACUCUUUUACUGCAGUAUUGGCUGUAAGACCAAUUCUUCUCCCAUGAUUCCUGUGUAGCAGUUAAAAUAGAAGUGUGAACAGCCACUCCGCAGCUAGCUACCUGCGCUUCGUGUCGUAUGCAGUUUGAUCAGCUUACCCAUGAUGCAGCAGUUCAAAGGGCACUGGUUUCAUUUGCACAGCGUUCCAGGUUAGCAUCUCAGCCCAAUCACACAUCUGUUUCACAGCAUUCCAGGUUAGCAUCUCAGCCCAAUCACACAUCUGUUUCACAGCGUUCUAGGUUAGCAUCUCAGCCUAAUCACACAUCUGUUUCACAGCGUUCUAGGUUAGCAUCUCAGCCUAAAUCACAUAUGUUUCACAAUGUUCCAGGUUAGCAUCUUAGCCUAAUCAUACAUCUGUUUCACAGCGCUCCAUGUUAGCAUCUCAGCCCAAUCACAUAUCUGUUUCACAGCGUUCCAGGUUAGCACCUCAGCCUAAAUCACAUAUGUUUCACAACGUUCCAGGUUAGCAUCUCAGCCUUAAUCACAUAUCUGUUUCACAUCGCAGAAGGGAUGAAGCGGAUCUUUGGCAGUAAUCAGAUUAGUCAGCUGGUCAGAGCGAAAUCCUCCUUAAUUACCGCAGCUGAAAUGAGACUCCCGAUGUUUCGGGGACAUGAAUCUAACCCAGGACUGUUCAUCUGCAGUAUUACAUUUUAAAUAGCUUAUGAUAAAAGCGCAACCCUAUUAGGGACGGAUUACCAAUGUAAAAAUAAUUUCAUUUCACAUAAUGGUUAC